AUGGAAUCAGACCCAAUGCAUGGUGACCCCAUGUACAACAAAACGAAACGGUGCCUGGUUCUGUGGCAACUUCAGGACCAUUGGCAAGUCACCACCCAACCUUCAGAGGCCUCCAGAGGCCCCUUCCUCCUGGAUCAACAAACCCAGCUGCCCUCCAUUUUCCUCCAGGAAGGGAAGGGGGAGCCUUCCGCCUGGGAUGCGCAGGAACAAGCUCCAAGCCUGCAUUCACCCUGCCUAGAGCUCCAGUCGCCCCUGUGGCUAUGCCACGACACAGAGAUACCUCAGGAGCUCCUAAAGAGUUCCUACAGUGACCUAGGAGACAUCUGGAGCAGUGAGAGUGAUGUGGCAAGCAUGAGACACCUCUGCCCUGAGAAAUGCAGUAACAUCAGCCUGGUGAGCAGCGGGUACGUGGGGGACAAGGAGAACAGUGAGGUCAGCUUGGUGGGCAGUGGUCGAGUCACAAAGUUGAGCAGAGGUCUGAAGAACCAGGUGGGCAGCCCCCCGACCAGCCAUCUGUGUGCCACCCACCCUCCUACCCAGUUAGAGAGCCGGAAGACCAGUCAAGCCGACAGCACCAAGCAGACUGGAGGGGAAAAGUGA